UCGUUGACUUCAGAGGCGGUUAUGUUUGUUGUUUACGACGGCGACUGAAGAAGUGGGGCCUUGGUAGAUGUGCAGCGCUCUGGCAGUCUCUGACUUCCGAGGGGCGCUCGGCUAGUGAGGUGAUGCAGCGCUUCUAGAACGAGAUAGACGAGCAAAUUCGGUGGAUGCGGUGGGUCAACUUGGUCAGGGGGUUCGCAAGUCUUCCGAUGUCCCGAACUCGUUCGUCUGUCGAUGGAUUGCCGAUUGCCGAUUGCCUUUAUCCGUCGGCACGUGCUGCUCGCCCUCGUAGGUCCCGUGGCCACCAGGAUCUCUCUGCUCGCCACGGGUGAACUAUUGUCAACCCGGCACGCCGUGCGUGCCUCACGUUACUGCGCACGAUGCGUACAUGUCAAUGGAAAUAGAGAUUCUGAGACUCAGUCUAGGACUUGUGUAAUCUGCAAGCUAUUCUUCGCAUGUGGAAGCGUAGGAUCGCCACCGGCUGACAAGAAUCUCUGCAUGUAGCUCCAUACGUUCACGGUGCAAACAUGGUAUCAAUACCAUAGGUGUAUAAAUUAUUAUAUCCCCUUAUUAUAAUAAUUGAUUAAGCUGCGUGA